UUAAAGUUCUGUACUGUCUGUAAAGGUUGAGAUUGUCAAUAAAACAUCCGGAAUUUAUAGGACAUGCAACAUCGCCUGACACAAGGAGCUAGACAGUAGCAGUCGAGACAACAAAAACAGCUUGAUGAAUGUUCCUUAUUAAAUAUAAUUAUUAGAUUGCAAUUUUGAAACUAAAUAAACCUGUAGUCUUAUGCAAUUAACAAGACGUGCAAAUAAACAGAUACAGGAUGAGCUGCUAGCUCAUCCUUGUAGAUUCAAUUCACAACAUGUUCUGUUUUAUCGAAAUUGGAUUGAAAAUAUAUGUUCAUACAAAGUACAUCAUACAAUUCGCUAAAUUAGGAAUGUGGAUGUUUUCUUCAACGCAGCCAAACAAGAUUUCUGCUGAGAAAAAUGGCGGCGAUCUUCGGGUUGCGUUCGCCUCAAUAGAGACAUCAUCCCUGUAAGAAACAACUGCACAUGUAGAUGAUGAAUUGAACGUUGGGGUGAUGUCCAGCUCUUGAUAUGCUGCGGUUCAAAAUAUUGGACCACAUCUUGGGACCUGUCGGGGUUUACGAGGGAUUGAGGACCGUUCACGAUGACAACUACGUAGACCGCCUCAGCCACUACUACACGGUUAUCUUCCUUUUGUUUAUGCAAAUCACCGUGGUGACCAAUGAAUAUGUCGGGGAUCCAAUCCACUGCUUCUGUCCGACAGAGUUCACGUACAAUGAAAUAGACUAUACGAACUAUUUGUGUUGGGUCGCCAACACCUACCAGAUACCUUUCUCCAAACCGAUUCCUGCUAAUUACGAGGUCCGCAGAACGGACGAGAUAACUUACUAUCAAUGGGUUCCUUUGAUUCUUCUGUUGAUGGCUUUUUUAUUCAAACUUCCCAGAAAUAUAUGGAAAUAUUUUGCAUACACCCAUUCUGGGAUUGGUUUGAAGAGAAUGUUAGAUUUGGUAAAAAUGACUCAAGGUGACACGCCAGAAGAUAGAAAGAAGAAACUGAAGACUGUAGCUAUGUUUUUAGACCAAUGGAUGACCAACAUAUCGCCCCAUAGAGGUGGAUGCUUUCCAAAUCAACGUUCAAAAGUCAUUGGCUAUUUCGGAAUAGGAAUUGGGAGACACCACGGAAACUACCUGGUGUUUCUUUGUUUGUUUACAAAGUGUUUAUUUUUGCUAAAUGCUGUUGGACAACUGUUCUUUCUGAACGAAUUCCUGGGGAGUGAUAAGUUCUACAUCUAUGGCUACGAGGUCAUUCAAUCCAUACUGACAGAGAACGACUGGUCGAGGACCCAACGCUUCCCGAGAGUGACCUUGUGUGACUUUGACCUCCGUCAAAUGACCAAUGUUCAACGUUGGACUUUGCAAUGUGUUCUUCCCGUGAAUCUCUACAACGAAAAGUUUUUCAUUUUCCUUUGGUUCUGGAUAACGAUAGUCGCAGUUCUGACGUUUUUCAAUGUACUAUAUACCGUUCUCCUGAUAGUAGUCCCGUUUAAUCGUAAAAGUUUCAUCAAGAAAUACCUUAAAAUCAUUGAUGCUUAUGACCGGGAAAACAAAGACUUAUUUACACAGAAACUCACGCGAGAUUUUGUGGACAAGUAUCUUCACCAAGACGGAAUUUUCCUUCUUAAAUUGAUAACAUCUAACUGUAAUACUGUCAUGGUCACAGAUAUUGUCCAAGAACUCUUCGACGUCUACAAAAAGAGACAGUUAAACCUAGAAACUAAUGGGGUCGCACAUUUUGUGCAUGAACAAGGGGAACCGAAUCCAAGACAUCACGUGACCCCGCGCAAAGGACGAACAGUUCACAUACGUGAAAUGCCAAAAGCGUAUUUAGAAAGUCUUGUUUGAAAGUAGCAUUGAUUAUCGAUGCUCAGUGACAAAAAUAAUACUUUGUCAGAAUAUUGUUACUUAUGUCAAUAACUUAAAUUAUUUUGAGUUUUACAUCUUCGAAUCUUGCAUGAGAGUGUCUGCAAAUAUUUAUUUUCAUACUCCAGCGUUCGACUUCAUUAAAAUUUAGCGACGUUGGUAGUGAGCAAUAAAUAAAUAAAAAGAAGGUUAAUCGGAAAACAGACAUGCUCUGGAAUUGCUAGUAAUUUGUAAUUAUACAUGCACUGAAAUAAUCAAAUUUUAUAAAAUGUUGAAGAUCAGUAUGAAAUACUUGAUUAUCAUAAUAGAUAUACUACAUGAAGUAUAUAACCGUGUAGCGUUUAGUAGCCACGUUGUCACACCUAGGCCAGUUUCAUCUGUCACACAAAGACCAAAGGAAAGAGACAACUCUUAUAUGGUAGAGUAAACUACCACGUUCUUGGAAACUAUUGGUGGUGAAGACGCAAUUGUUUACGUAGUAAUUGGCUACUCGGCUUCAAAUACAGAUUGAAGAAUUGCCUCAUAAAAAGUGAAAGUGCCAAUAAAAGACACAGAAGCUUAAACCAAAACGACUGAGCUAUUGGCUUUUGUAUAAUUUAUUGAGAUGUUUUACAUCAUGAUGCAAUUGCACAAAUGUUUACAUGUACAUCAUGACCAAUGCAAAUAAAUACCAUUAAAUCAA